UUGUGUACACAAGGAAGAAGUGUGUUUGUUAUUAUUUGAUUUAUUUGUUUCAUUGUGAAAUAUGUUGACAGAUCGUUGUGACUGGACGGAAACGAAGAAAGUUCUGGAGGAUCUGAAAGAAAAAUGUAUAUGUUAUGUAUGUAAACAAGUAUCCAAAUCACCACACGAAUAUGAAUGCAGUCACUUCUUUUGUGAGAACUGCAUCAAUUGGAGCCGAAAUGCUUGCCCAGUGUGUGGUGUCCCAUCGCAUGCAGCAGUAAUAGUUCCUGACCGCUGUAUAAGCAGUUGUAUUGAAGUACUAAAUACAUUCCAUUCUCUUCUGUCUCCUGAAAGUGAUCCAUUAUCAGAAGAUUUACACUCGAAUGAGGGGUGUCGGCAACUGACAACUGCAGUUGACAGUGUUGGUCUACCACAGAAGACAGCACGUUUAAAGUCAUCAAGAAAUUCAUCAGCUGUUAAAACCUAUUCAAGAAAAUCUAUGCAGAAGAACAAUGAUGAUCAACAUUAUUCUCAUCAUAAGAUAAAGGAUGAUACAUGUGAACAAAGGGAAACUGAUGAUUUUACUGUUAAAUCAAAAAUUGCUGCAGAAGCUGUCAACGUGCAGAAUAAACGGCCUCCGAAACGUUCGGUCAGUAAAGGUCGCAGAUCCAGGAAGGCAUCAGGUAGCAACUCUGUAACAAACUCUGAUGAACCAUUAGUAACUCAGAGGACCAGUAGAGAAAAAUCAAAAAGUAAAAAGACAGCUCAUUCUCCUAAGGCUACAUCAGCAAAAGAUAAAAGAAAUGCAAAGGGUGAAACACCUCUGCAAGUUGCAUGUAUAAAGUCGUUUGGGCAGACUUCUCGUCCAGGGGUUCCAACCACUGAAAUGCUCAGGCAGCAUAUUGAAGCAGAACUUCCAAGGCAGAAGUAUUACACACCUGGAGACGCUGCUCGAGUGAAAUCACUUUUGGAUGAAGGCGCCAAUCCAAACACAAAGGAUUUUGCAGGUUGGACACCACUACAUGAAGCUGUGCAAUCAGGAAAUUUUACCAUAACAGAGUUGCUGGUAAAGGCUGGAGCUGCUGUGAAUGCAACUGGUGCAGGAAAUACUACUGCUUUGCAUGAAGCUGUGGAAAGUAAUAAUAUAGACAUUGUGAAGUUGCUGGUUUCACAAGGAGCAUGUGUUAAUGCCCGUAAUGCGUACGGUUUAUCUCCUCGUGAUGUUGCACGAACUGACGAAAUUAAGGCUAUACUUAAUGAGAAUAUAAGAACUGAGCCUGUGGAAGUGGAAGAAAACAUAGCAAGCUUUGAUGCCAGUAACACUGUCAUUCUUGCAUCUGGCCUGUCUGAUGACCAGGAGAAGGAUCUCAGGAAGUUCGUUGAUGCAUUUGAUUUCCAAGUUGUAGAAAAUUAUUGUUCUGAAGUUACUGCCAUCUUAACAAACACUGAAGAUGGACAAGUGUGUUCACUGACGUUACCUGUUCUUUGUGGUAUCAUGCAAGGGAAAUGGAUUGUUAGUUUUGACUGGGUACGCAAAUGUACAUCAGAAAAUAAGAUAGUUGAUCAUAAACCAUUUGAGGCUAAAGGAACAUUGGCUUUUCCUAAUUCUGAUGCUCCAAGGAAAGGAAGACUGACUAACAUUCAGCAGGUUCCAAGCAUCUUCAAUGGCUGUUACAUUUAUGUUAUGCAUGGUGGAGUGUGUACUGUGCAUGGAUUGAACAUGAAUAAAAAAGAUGUUACAACACUUAUACAGAUGGGUGGUGGGACAGUACUGUACAGGGAACCUAAUCCAGAAUCAAUACCUGAAAGUGAGUGCACAGUUCCGUUCCAUGCUGCUGGUGAUGGUCCUCUGGCAAAGUGUUCACAUUACAUCAUAUAUAAGCCAGGAAAAACAGAGCCUCAGCUCAAAUACAACAUGAAACAUGUUAAGACUCUGCCAGUAGACUGGCUUAUUUCUUGCAUAGAAAAAUUUGAGCUAAGUCUCCCUUAAAAGAAAGGAUAUGGGGCAGCUUUGGAAAAAUCUCUUGGACUUGUGACUACAGUUGAAUGUGUGGCACAUGAGAGAACUGCAGUGAUGCAUUUAUUUGUUAAGUGUUAAAUACUGUAAAUGGAAAAUACAUGUACAUAUGCUGAACACUGUACAGUUUUGAUGUUAUUAGAGCAUAACCAACAUUUUGCGAGUUACUGUUGACAUAGUGUUUUUGCACUGGCAAUAAUGUUAUUUGCUUUGAUGAAAUAAAUAUACCUGAGGUAAUAA